CUUCUCUCUCCUCUCGUCCAUUCCAAACCCGGACUAGGCUGCCUCAAAUCUCCGGUGGCAAAAGGGUGGGAGUGGAGGAGAUCCACAAAGAGCACAAUCUGAGAUAUGGGAAGGGCUCCGUGUUGUGACAAGGCAAAGGUCAAGAAAGGCACUUGGUCUCCUGAGGAAGACAAACAGCUGAAGGAAUACAUAGAGAGGCAUGGAACAGGUCGAAAUUGGAUUGCUCUCCCCCAGAAAGCUGGUCUGAGGAGGUGUGGAAAGAGUUGCAGGCUGAGAUGGCUCAACUACUUGAGGCCUAACAUAAAGCAUGGGGACUUCUCUGAUGAAGAAGAUAGGAUCAUUUGCAGCCUGUUUGUUAGCAUUGGAAGCAGAUGGUCAAUCAUAGCAGGCCAGCUUCCAGGGAGGACUGACAAUGACAUCAAGAACUACUGGAACACCAAACUGAAGAAAAAGCUCUUUGACCAACCGCCAUCCCACAGAAAUCCUCAUCAUCAGCAGCACUACCGGACGCAGUCCUUCUCAUCGAACCUUGAGAUGGCUGUUCCAUUCCCAGACCUGGAAGGCAUUCCUAUCCAUCCGAGUCUCUUCGAUUCUCUUACACCAACCUUCUUUUCCCCUCUUUGCCAACGCCCAGCGUAUCAAAGUGGCAAUCUCAUUAUGUUUGGAGGUGACCAACCGAGCUGCAGCUCAUCUGAUGGCAGCAGCAUCCACACCGGCUAUGGAAGCGAGCAUAUGAGCUCUGAGAACCAUCUCCAUGAGAAGCUGCUACCUUGUGGUGAGGCGUCACUGAGAUACGAGUUUGAUGAGCCUAGCCAAUUGCAUGCUUGUCCGGUUGAUGCCUUCGACAAACUCUACCUUGAUAGCAAAAGCAGUGCAACCAUGGACAUGAGCUUGAGGAACAUGGCAAGGGCCAUCUAUCACUGCUGAUUAAUUGUAUAACGACAAGAAAUACUUUCUUUUUUCCUUGUCUUUGGGGGAUGACAUGGUGUAAUAACGACGUGCAAGACUUAAGAACCAGUGUUGGAUGUUCUUUGGGUUGCGUCCCUCCUGAUAUAUGAUGCUUGUUGUAUUGGAGUCUGGUCCUACAUGGCUGCUCAUUCACAGCCAAACUGCCUUCUGUGUUCAGUGAGUUGCAGUUUCCUAAAUACAUCAAUGAGAGUCCUAUAAUAAUAA